UACAUUUUUGCUACUGUGGUCUUUAUAUAGUUGGAAAUAAUUUACUAAAAAAUGUAUGAAUGAAAUGUGUAUUGUCAAUAAUUUAUUAAUAAAAUGACAGAAAGUUAUAUGACGAAAAAAAAUAUCGACGAUGAAGAAUUUCUUCUGUUACAUAGUGUUGAAAAUGCAACGACAGAGAAAGGAAAUAAUGCAGCUGAUUCAUCAAUGUUGACAAAAGUUUUAAAUGAAGAUGAAAGACAUUCCGAUAUAUCUCUUGAAGACUCCUUUAAAGAAGUAGCCCAUAAGAAAACGAAAAAUGUAGAACCAAUCGAAACUGGCAAUGAAUUUACUGUUACAUCUAGGACGCCAUCUCGUUUAUCGCAUAACUUUAUACAAUCCUGGGUAAAUACUGGUUAUUUACCGUAUCAGACAUGUAACAGUGAUAGUGAAUAUUCUGAUACAGGUUCGUUGAAUCAGAAACUAUCUUCUUAUAAAACCUGUGAUAUUCCUAAUACUGCAUCUAUACACAGAUCAAAUGGCAAAGAGUUAUGUAAUAGUAGUUCGAAUUGCAGUUCUGUAGAUACUGCUGCAUAUAUUUUAUCAAAUACAAAUGUUAAAAAAAAAAUAGAGACCACGGCUAUUAUUGUAGAUAAUAAAUGUUCCAGCAAAAUUUCUUUUCAAAAUACGUUACAUGAGAAUACAUCCUGCGAAAAAGAUGAGACAUUAAUUAUACAUGAAAAAUUAAGUAAUACUGGUGUAGAUUCCAAUGUUUCUACGAGCAAAUCUUUAUUAAGCAUAUAUAAUGCUAGUAUGAAGCAUACGAAAAAUCAGAGGUCAGAAAAAAAUGAUGUACUGAAAGAAUCAAAAUUACCAAUAUCCCAUACGACAGAUACCAAUGAAAUUUGUGAAAAUAGCAAAGAAGGAAAUGAUCUUAAUUCUCAUAAUGCAGAAGAAUUAACACAGAAUUUAAUAGAAGAAUCUAUAGAUGCUAAGAAGUCGCUAAGUUUUCCUUACGAAGGCUCCUUCAGUCAUUCAAAAUAUUUUCGACAAAAGAAAUUGUAUAGCGGUAGGGAUUCUCCUACUGAUAUCAUAGUAGCACGAUUUAAGGAAAAUGAUACAAAAGGAACGAAAAAGGAUUUACAUCCUGCCUUUAGAAAUAGUCCACCUAUUGAAGAAACACAAAAAAAGAUAUUGCAAAAGAAGAGGAAAACUAAAUUCUGUUUAAAUAAUUCUAUGAAUAAAUUUUUUGAUAUUAGCGAAAAUAAUGAUAAAAACGAAGAGGUACAUAUCGCAAAACGUCAAAAGACUCUUACAGAUAUUGAAAAUGAUGUUCCAGUAAUUUCUCAAGGUUCAGUAAAUGAGAGGUUAUUUAUAUCAUGUAAUGCAUUAAAAGAGCAAAUUAAACGUUUUCCAACUUCUGACUAUAUUGAUGUUGAAAGACGAUUUACUAGACUUGCUGCAAGAGAAAUGAACGAAGAAAAAGCAGAAAGUAACGCUAAUGCUCAUCCCAUUGUACAUGAUGCAUUACACGGAAAUCUUAAUCCUUAUAUUAUUUUGGAACGUUUGUCAGAAGAAACUUUGAAAUAUUAUACAGGGAAAGAAAAUACUCAUACUCAUAUUGAAGAAUUGAAGGAAGAUGAUCAGAUUAAUAAUAGGGAAAAGGACACGCAGAAAUCCGACUUUGAAACAUUUUCAAAUGCUUCAAGAUGCACGAUCUUUCUUCCUAGAUUAGAAAAUAAUACAGAUGUUGUUGAUAGUGAUGUAAGUACUAUAAUUAUCUGUAAUCAUAUGGAUGUAACAUCUACCGAUCCUAUUGAAAGUGACUCUUCGACUAUUAUACUAAACACUUCUUCAAUUUUAUUCAAUUCUGAUAAAAUGAAAAAAAAUCAAUUGGAUGAAAAUUCAGAUAACAUAAAAUUGAAACGAUUGCAACCUGUAGUACUCCUUGAACGGCUACAAGUACAAUAUAACGUGCAAACUUUAAAUAAAAUAAAACAAUCUAAAGAAUCUGUUAAACAUGAGAAUAUGAGAAGAGAGAAACACGAUAGAUCAAAGGAAAAUUCAAAAGACAUGUUUUUGUCCCUUGGACAAAGACAGUUAAGGAAAAGGGUAGAUCCUAAUUCAAAUAGAAUGAUUUUGGACAAAACAUUACAACCAGUUAUUGUAUUAGAAAAAUGUAUAAAUCUUCAGAAAAAUGGUCAGAAUCAAAAUCGAAUGAAUAAUACAUUAAAUAAUGAUUCAAUACACGUUACACCUUCUAAAGAAAACCAGUUAACUAAAUUGAAAAAUUCUGAUAAGAAAUUGUUAAAGAAACCGAUUGUUAAAUUAAAACGUUUGUCACAUUUGACGAUUACAACGAAUAUAAACCAUCUGUCGGAAAUGUAUAAUAGUUUUGACGAAAGAAUGAAUAAUAGUAAAUCAGUCGAAAGUAAUAAACUUAAUAAAAAUCAUGUAGAGAUAAAUAAUAUAUCUUCAAACAAUUCAAGCAUAGAUAGCACAGAGAAAGAAGUGAAAAUAAAAGGAGCACACUUAAGAAGAUCUAAUCAUAAGAAAAGUUUGUUAUCCUUUCGUACUAGUGAAAAUUACUCCAAUUCUUCAGAUUCUGAUUCGGAUUCGAGUGUACCGUUUAUACAAUGUAUUUUCAAUGUUUAUACAGAACGAAAUCAAAAACAAUUUUCCAAGAAGCAAAUCACAAAAUCAAAACUUAAUCCACGCACGUUAAUUUAUGAUUCUGAUGAAAGUAUUUUAACGCUAUCUAGUUCCAAUUCUCUAAAAAAUGUAUCCAUCAUGAAAAAUAUAAACAAUAUAUUAAAUCAUUCUAAAACUAAGAACAUCAAAGUUAACAUGACCUGUUCUAGUAAUAAACAAUAUGGAGCUUCAACGAGUGGUAUGUCAUCUAAAAAUAAUUCUGAAUGGAAUAACAGUAUAAAGGAGAAUAAUAAGAAAACAGCUAUUAAUAGAAAUAAUAUUCAAAGAUUUACUUUCCAUACAAAAGCCUAUGACUCUGAUUCAGAUUGAAACUUAGACGAAUAUUAAUCAACUCAUCGAUUAAAUACAAGUUGGGGAUAACGAAUUAAAGAAUGUUUAUUCAGAAAGAAAUAUCAUAAUAAUCACUUAUAUUAAGUAUGUUAAAUGUAUUAUUUGUAAUUAUGUUAUUGAAAUUUGUUUCUGCUAUUAAAAUACAUUCUUUAAUAUUGCCACUGUGUAAUAAAUAAGUCGACAUCAAAAGCUUUACGUAGUUGUACAUAGUUACGUAGCAUACAAUUAAAACGAAAUUAUAAAGUAAGCUAAGGAAACUAAUAUAAAGGAUGAGAUCGAUUAGAAGGAAAAGAAAAAGAAAAAUAAAUAAAAAUACAGA